AUGAAGCAUGCGGCUCAUCAAAUAGGAAAGCUUCACCUGAAGAAAUGGAGAUUGCCAUUCAUGAAGAGACCACGAGGUAAGCAAACCCAGCUGGUCUUGUCCAUACAAGAGCUAAAGGAGGCUGGUGUCAAGCUCAAGGCCGAUACAAAUCGUCAGCCAUUAGAUAUAAGUUUCAGUAGCACAUUGAGUGGGAAGGUUCUGACAAUCCCGCCAAUACACAUAGAUGAUCACAGAGGCACUUCGUUUCGCAAUCUGCUAGCACUCAACAUGUCAGCAGCAUUGCCACCAAGAUGUUACAAGCUAUUUGUCUUUCUAGACGAUGUGAUUAACUCAUCCAAGGAUGUAGGGCUUCUCUACUACCACGGGGUCCUCCUGCAUUCUCUAGGCAGCAACAGAAUGGUGGCUAAACUUGUCAACAAGAGGCAAGGAAGUUGGGCUGGACGCGUCCCUGUCAUACUUAUACAGGGUGGUUGGCGAUGCCAACUGUUGCUUCUAUAG